AUGUACAAAGAGGACAAUGCUGGAAUACCUCAAGAUCUCCACGGGCUUGAAGAGCUCCUGACAGACCAUCAGGAGCAGGGUGGAGGCACAGGUGCGCGUGAAGACACCUAUGUCCUCGCCAUGCCCGAUGGAGGCCACUGGGGCAAGUGGGGGAGUCGGCAAUUUUGACACUAUGGCUGUGCUAAUGCAUUUGUGCUGAACAUGGAAUCCUCCCAGUUUAGAAGUAAAGACACAGCUCUGAAUGGCAUACAUUUGCAUUGUCAAGAUAACUCAGUCAUGGAGUCCUUGAUGGGGGAGUAAGUAGCACUGUGGUUUCUCCCUUGUUUGUCAUGCACCGGCUACCUGAUCUCCUUCUCACUUAGAACAAAGAAGUCCCAAGGAGGAGGUGAUGACACAGCAGCCAACAGCAUCCAGUUCAGAUGCUUAGAUGCCACUGUGCUAGUAGUAUGGGGUAGAUUUGGCCCAUGGAGCAAAAGCUGCAACAUAUGCAGUCUCCAGACCAAGGUGGAGACCACUCAGGGGCUUCAGGAUGACACAAGACUCAACAAUGUGAAGUUCUUCUGCUGUAAAUGA